GGAGAGGGAGAAAAAUAAACUAAAAUCGCCAGGUUUGCUGCAGUUGUGGUUCGGACGGUUCAGAAGUUGCAAUCUUGCAACAACUACCUCACUCUACCGCCGAUCGCAUUCCGAUUUCCCGCAUUUUCUCGCUGCAUUUUACAUGGUGUGUGAAAUGGACUCGACGGGUAACAACGAGGAUGGCAGAGCCAGUGCCGAGCCUGCCGGUGCCGCUUCCGGGACUAUACUUUCCGGUGGAAAUUGUGCCAAUGCCAGACAGUCGCCGAAAGUGUGCGUCCCGACGCCGACACCGAAUUUGACUGUGGCCCACAGGAACUCGACGUCGCCGUCCUUGCCCAAGAAGAUCAUGAGCAGGAACCACAACAACACAAUUUUUCCGACAUUUUGUCCCAAAAACUUAGCGGAACUACAAUUAUACAGGGUGAUGCAAAAUGCCUCGUUGUUGGUUUAUUACGACACACUUCUCGAAAUGGGCGGUGACGACGUCCAGCAACUGUGUGACGCCGGAGAAGACGAGUUUUUAGAAAUAAUGUCACUCGUUGGAAUGGCGUCUAAACCGCUACAUGUACGGAGAUUUCAAAAAUCCUUGCAAGAGUGGGUCACAAAUCCUAAUAAGUUCAAAGUACCUUUAGUGCCAGGAGACGAUUUUGAAAUAGAACUAUCCAGUCCCAGAGUUACUAGCAAUCACGGAUUCUAUUCAGUAGAUAGUGAUAGUAGAACAAUCUAUUCGCCAUCUCCUGGAGAUGUUUGUGCCUUACCCCCCAUUGCUAGCCCUGGGUUAACUUUAAGUAAAAGGCCUUAUUCACCACUAGAUCCUUCUUGUCCUCCUUCAUCUAGUUCGAGCCCCGGAAGCAGUAUGUCGCUUCAGUCUACCCCCACACUGAUCGAUUCUCAGAUCGCCAAAUUAGCAGCAGCCGCUGAAAGACUGAGCAAACAUUUGCCACAAUUUGAACCAAAAUCGCACAACACGAAAAAGAAAGUUUGUAAGGAGUUGGAGCUGGUCAUGUCGAUGCCCGAAAACGACCCACGCCGCAUGGACGAAAUCCGAAGAUACGCCGCUAUUUACGGGCGUUUUGACUGCAAACGGAAGCCAGAGAAACCGCUGACGCUGCACGAGGUGUCCGUGAACGAGGCUGCGGCCCAAAUUUGCAGAUUCAUUCCAGCUUUGUUGACCCGAAGAGACGAACUCUUUCCCCUUGCUCGGCAAGUGGUGAAAGACUCGGGUUGCUACUAUUCCAAGACACACGAUUUUAGGUUGUCGACGAUGUACUUGCACAAGAGUCUGGCUCAGGAUAGGGAUGUUUUGGACGCGAGGUGCAGUCCGAGAAUAGCGGCUGGCGACAUGGAAGGUAUCUUAGCGAAAAAACCAAAACUUGAAACAAAUUCUGAUGGGGACGAUCAGCGGCAGGAAACAAGUUCAGAGGAAAAUGUAAUUGUGCGAACUUCACUGCAUUCUUUGUUUCACAAUAACACGAAAAGUCAUAUUCAAAGCAGAGAUAAUUCGACGAGACGAUCUUCCCUGGCCAUCGAUUUCGACGAUGGAGAUUCUCAUUUUUCGUAUAGUAACUCAAAUUCGCCUUCGCAGAACAGCGCCCACGAUCAAGACUCGUAUUCAGGACCAAAUUCGCUUCAGAAAAGAAAUGAAGAUUCCAAUGAAGCCGAGGAAGAUUCAAGAAAAAUGUCCCCUAAAGUUCAAAUAAUUGCAGCCAGUGGUGAUAACAUUAUAGCGGUUGCGAACCCAGCUUUAGCGAUGUCGCCAGCGAUAAUAGCCCCUUUGGUAGAUACAAGAGAAAGAAAUCUAGAGAAGGAAUGACUGACUUAUUACCUUUGUGAUUUUUUAGAAGUGUUAAUUGACUGAACCAAUUCUUGACUUGUUAAGUUAAAUGCUACGAUAUAUAUAUUUAUUUACUCUUUUUUUUAUACCUUUUUGUAAUAAAUGUUUUGUUUGUGUGACUAUAUAUUGUUUGUCAUACUGUCAUGCUUACGUUAGCACAAAUCAAAUACUUUUUUAAGUUUUAUACUGGAUGCGAAUGUAGCGAUUAUUUUUCAAUAUAAUGAAAGCUCUGUU